UACGUUGAGUAGAUUUCACGACAGAAAAAAAAUCAAUUAAAUUGCACCAAACUGAUCCCGUCACCGUCGCAACAAGAGAGACUCAUCAACAUCUGAAGAAAGACCUAAAAGCAAACACAAACAAUCGUUUCGAUCCCAUUGAUCUUUGAUCCGGGGAGCGAGCUGUGUAAAAUGGCGUACGUCGACCAUGCGUUCUCGAUAACGGACGAGGACAUUAUGAUAGAGAGUUCAUACACCGUCAAUAACCGACCGCCGGUUAAGGAGAUCGCACUCGCGGUGGCUCUACUCGUGUUCGGAACCCUAGGAAUUGUCUCCGGCUUCUUUAUGGCGUAUAAUCGAGUUGGCGGUGAUCGAGGCCACGGGAUUUUCUUCAUCGUCUUGGGGUGUCUUCUAUUCAUCCCGGGGUUUUACUAUACGCGGAUCGCGUAUUACGCUUACAAAGGAUACAAAGGUUUCUCCUUCUCAAACAUACCGCCUGUUUAGUGUCCCCUUUUGGAUCUCUCUCUCCUACUCAAUGUAUAGAGAUGUUUUUUAUUGCUUGUAAGCAAAUGAUUGACUUGUUUUCUCUCUUGUGUAGUUUUUAUAGGAGUUGAGUUGAGGUUGAGUCCCUUCUAGCUUUCUCGCUCCUCUUGUUAAAAUAAAAUUUGAGUCUGUGACAGUUUUAGUCAGAUUUAUUUACAUACAUAUCUAUAUAUAAAUAUAUAUAUACA